CCGCACCAUGUCCGCCUUCUCCGAGGCUGCUCUGGAGAAGAAACUGCUGGAGCUAAGCAACUCCCAGCAGAGCGUCCAGACCCUGUCCCUGUGGCUCAUCCACCACCGCAAACACUCCAAGAUCAUCGUCCUGGUCUGGCACCGCGAGCUCCGCAAAGCUAAACCAAACCGAAAACUAACCUUCCUGUAUCUGGCGAAUGAUGUGAUCCAGAACAGUAAGAAAAAGGGCCCAGAGUUUACCAAGGACUUUGCACCUGUUUUGGUGGAUGCAUUUUCACAUGUUUCAAGUGAAUCUGAUGAAAACUGUAAGAAGCAUUUAGAAAGGGUGUUAGCCAUUUGGCAAGAGAGGAUGGUUUAUGAAAACGACUUCAUUGACCAGCUUAAGCAUCUUCUUUCAGAAAAAAAAGCCAAGAAACGUACUUUUGAACAAAUACAAGAAGAAGAUGACGACUAUCUUUCCAAUACCACGCCCAAAGAAGCACCAGAGACUGAGGAGCUCAUCAAAGCAUUGCAAGAGCUGGAAAACGCAGCUUCAGGUGAUGCAGCUGUGCGACAAAAGAUAGCUUCAUUACCUCCAGAGGUUCAGGAUGUCUCUCUGUUAGAUAAAAUAACAGACAAAGAGUCUGCAGACAGAUUGUCGAGAACUGUGGAUGAGGCCUGCAUGCUCUUGGCAGACUACAAUGGCAGACUGGCUGCAGAACUGGAAGAUCGCAAGCAGUUGGCACGUAUGCUGGCUGAUUACGUCCGUAUUCAAAAAGAAAUCCUAGCGGAGAAAGAACAUAAACUGGAAGAGUACAAGCGGAAACUAGCCAAGGUCACACAAGUGCGAAAAGAGCUGAAGUCCCACAUCCAAAGCUUGCCUGAUCUUUCCCAGCUUCCAAAUGUGACGGGGGGACUAGCACCAUUGCCCUCUGCAGGCGAUCUGUUCUCCACCGAUUGAUACUGCAUCACUCUUCUUAAAUAACUUUUGAAAAGGACAGAAAGAUUGCACAAUUUUCAGAGCUCCAUAUUUCCCUUGUUUUAAGACAGAUCAGACCUAUAAUUGCUGCAGUACUAUUUUUCUAUAUCCAUAAGAUCACAGUCCUUAGAGUAGAUAUGAUCAAAAUAAAGAUGAACGAAAAAGCGAUCUACUGUUUGCAGAAUGAGGCAGUUGAUGGAUAAACAGUGUAUGCAACCGGUCAUUCAAUGAGUCAAUGAACGUCAAGGCAUGUAACGUAAUGACUUAAGUGUCUUGUGAAAGGCAUAGUGUUUUGUUAGUUGGAAAGAUUUGUGUUAUACUUGGUUCAGUAGGCAGCCUGGUUGGCAUAGUACAUAACUGAGUGCUGUAUGACUGGCUCUGUCCUAUUACAGUAGCAGCCCUCCCAACUUUGCAUUUCUUGGAAACCACAGCAGAUCUAACUGUGAAGAGGUAUAAGAGAUAUUGAAGGAAGGAAGGGAUGGAAGGAAGAAAAGGUAAGGAAGGAAAGGAAGGAAAGGGAAGGAAAGGAAGGAAAGGGAAGGAAUCGAUCAAUCAAUGGUUACUUGUCAAACAAUCAGCAUUCUUACUAAUACCCAAACAAGUGCACAAAAUCACUUUGGGAUUCUGGUACAAUCGCUGAACUCUGAAACAAAUACAGUAACUGUGCUGAUCAAGUUUUAAGAAUGUAUUUCUUUCAGAGCAACAACUGUAGAUGCACACUUGAAUUGGACAUGUUUCGCUCACUGUGAAAUAAUAAUAAUAAUAAUCCUUGCAUUUGAUAUAGCGCUUUUCAC